AAUGUGUUUGCGCUGUAAAAUUGGCAUUUUCUUCGCAGUUUUUUGAGUGUUUCGCAGGAAAAAUAUAAAUAAAGAUUCUAAAUAGAAGCGCAGAUUAAUCAUGGAUAAUGUACACGUCAUAACGGUUAAGGGAAUGAGUGUAGAUGAAUUUGUGGCACGGCAUGCCUCCCCAAAUCCAGCAUCCGCAGAAGUUUUCCAGCCUCCCACAAAAUGCGUCAAAAGCGCAAUGGACAUCCCAGCCUGGGAGCACUCUGAGGCUUACCAUGAACUCAUUGGCUUCAUCAACUCCGUCAGCAUGGCCAUCCAGGGCAAGAAAAUCUCAUCGGAAGUCCCCAAGACUGCAGGAGUGGACAAAGUUGUUCAACUCUUUGUGAAGCUCAAUGCCCUGGUAGAUGACACUCCGCCUGUGGAUCAGCCUCAGCGUUUUGGGAAUUCCGCCUACAGAACUUGGUACCAGAAGAUGACAGAUUCAGCCGAAGAGAUGCUCCUGGGAAUCCUUCCGGAAGACAAAAAAGGGGCUCUUCCGGAGAUUCGGGCGUAUUUUGUGGAUUCUUUUGGGAAUUCCACGAGGAUUGACUAUGGCACUGGCCACGAAUUGGCCUUCAUCUUCUUCCUGUGCUGCCUGUUCAAGGUGGGAGUGUUCGAGAGGACAGAUUCCGCUGCAGUUGGGCUCCAAGUAUUCGACACGUACCUGACCUUUGCCAGACGCCUGCAGAUGACUUACCGGAUGGAACCGGCUGGAAGUCAUGGUGUCUGGAGCCUGGAUGACUACCAGUUCGUCCCCUUCAUCUGGGGCAGUGCCCAAUUGGCCAUGAACAGCCCCAUUGAACCUGCACAGUUCCUCGAUGAGAACGUCAUAGCCAGGCACAGGAAUGAUUACAUGUUCAUCAGCUGCAUCGAGUACAUCCAGAAAGUGAAGACGGGCCAUUUUGCUGAGCACUCCAAUCAGCUCUGGAGCAUCUCAGCAGUCCAGAGCUGGUCCAAGAUCAAUUCGGGCCUCGUCAAAAUGUACCAGAAGGAAGUCCUGGCCAAAUUCCCCGUGAUUCAGCACGUUGUCUUCGGUUCUCUGAUGUCUUUCAAGCCGGUAAAGCCCGGAACAGUGCUGUCAUCCGUUCGGCUGGGCUUUGUACCGCCCUCGGGAAUGUCCAGGGCCCCCAUGCCCAAACUGGAUCCCCCCAAGUAAGUGUGAUGCUCGUGAUGCUCAUUAUAGGAAGAGAGUUUAUAAAAUAAAGUGAAAUGAAGUAUAAAUUGCUCGAAAUAAAA